GAGCGGGCUUCCCCCUGCAGCUCCGCGCCGCUCUCCUGUCAGGCGAAGCCGAGAUGGCGGCGCGGGGCGCCGGGGCCGGCACCACAGCCACGGGCGGCCCCGCCACCAGCUUCCAGCGCAAGGCCGCGGCCGGCAGCCGCCUGGCCGCCGUGCCGGGCACCCGCCCCUCCGUUCGGCACGGGCAGCUGCUGCUUUCCAGCGGGCUCCCCUCCCUGGACGGUGUGCUAGGUGGAGGCUUAGCUGUUGGAACCCUUCUCCUUAUUGAGGAAGAUAAAUAUGGUGUUUACUCCAAUUUGUUGUUCAAGUAUUUUCUCGCGGAGGGAGUUGUCUGUGGACAUGACCUGUUUGUUGCUUCCGCUAUGGAGCGCCCUGACAACAUCUUAAAGAAACUUCCAGCCCCUUUGCUUGAUGAUACCCACAGAAGUGAAUUGAGAGAAGAAGUAACACCUGCGAAGUCUGAAGAUUUUCAGGAUUCUAUGAAAAUAGCCUGGCGCUAUGAAAAUUUACCAAAAAUGGAGGCCAGCCCAACAUCAUUUACCAAGUUUGGACAUUACUAUGAUAUUUCUAAAACAAUGUCUCCAGAACUACUUCAGUCUAUAAAAUGGCACAGUUUUUACCCUUCUGAAGAAUUAUCCUUAGAGCCUAAACUGAAAAUGUGUAAUAUGAACUGUGGCUAUGCAAGUCUGCUUCACUCCAUUCAAAGGGUCAUUUACCAGGAAGGAUUUGAUGGCUCUCAUCCCCAGAAAAAACAAAAGAAUAUUUUGCGUAUAGGAAUUCAGAGUCUGGGUUCCUUGUUGUGGGGUGACGACAUUUGUAGUAGUGAUACUCCUGAACAUAUUCAUAGUCUGACCAAAUUUCUGUACGUUCUCCGUGGCCUCCUCAGAAAGUCUUUGUCAGCCUGCAUCAUCACAGUGCCCUCUCACCUUAUCCAGAAUAAAGCAAUUAUGGAACGUGUAACAAACUUGUCAGAUAUAGUAGUUGGUCUUGAAUCAUUUAUUGGCUCUGAGAGAGAAACCAAUCCAUUAUACAAGGAUUACCACGGUUUGCUUCAUGUACAUCAGAUUCCUCGGCUUAAUAGCUUGAUCUGUGAUGUGUCAGACACGAAGGACCUUGCUUUUAGAUUAAAAAGGAAGCAGUUCACCAUUGAGCAAUGGUUGCGGAGCUGCUGGAGUUUGGAAGGAAGUUCAAGGACGGAGUGCAAUGCAGGAAGACAGGUCAUGAACUGGAUUGCUAAUGCUGAUGUUUAGUUAAAGGUUAACAUUUUUUAACCUGAUAUUCUAUAAAAUACCUGGCAGUUAUUUUUGAAGUGACAGAUUUUUGGCAACUACCUGAUGUUUCUGAGGCUACAACAGUGUAACAGUAACAGUGAAGGAACAGUUCUUUCAGAAGUGGAUCAUCUGACAAAUUGAAAUAAAAUAAACAAGAUAUUAGGUUCAGUAAAACUAAGUUAGAUUGCAAAAUCAGGCUCUCAAUUCCUAUGUGGUACUGGUGAAAAUAUUCUUUUAGUUUGUUUUUAUUGUAGUUGAAUUGAUAAAUUCUUGGAUGAAGUGUAAUCCUUCCAGCAAAGGUGUUUUGCUAGUAUACUUUUGUGCAAAAGUUGUAUUUUCCCAGAGUACAAGCUACAUCUAGCUUGUAAUAAUGAAUGGCUUCAUAGAAUUAACAUAACUACCUUUAAAGUCUUGGCAUUACCCAAGCAGCUUUCAGGAGUGCAAAGAGAAUACAAAUACGUGCUGUAAUUCUCACACAGUUUGGCUGAAUUAAACCAUGUACAGACAUUGGGUUACACAGACCUUUCAAAUUUUAGAUUUGCUAAUACUGUAGGAAAUUAAUGCAUCAUCCAAAAUGUAGUGUGCACUAUAACUGUGCUGUAGUUUGUUCACAUUAAGUUUCAAUUAGACAAGAAUGUGACAGAACCAUUUAAUUAGUCAAUAAAUAUCUGUUGCUGGAAGUUGACAACCUGGAAAGUAGUCUGUUUUGGCGGUUUUUAUCCAGCACAAGUUCUGUCAGGCAGUAUGUGUCACUAGGUGUUGUGCAAGACCUCACCUUAAACUGGAACACUUAAGAGUAAGCAGUUUUAACUUUGAUUCUCAUUCUGCUGUUAAUGAUACGUUGACAAGAAGGGUAGAAUUUUUUAAUAAGAAAAAAUAAAUUUUUAAAAGUCUUGAAUAACAAGCAGUCUGUGUUGCUGAUGUCAUAUUAUGUAACAUAGCAAACUGUCUUUCCCCUACAUAUGAUGUGUGAUGUGCUUAAGACUUAAUCACCCAAAGUUGGUACGUAGAAACUAAUUAAAAGGGUGUGAUGAUGUGUUUCUUAGAAAUAAUUAGAAAAAUACAAGUUUUAUAACACAAUGGCAUCAAAGAGAUUUUCAUUCAUUUUCCAUAUAUUUGUUUUCAAAAAGAUUUUUUAAUGUGUAUUGU